AUGUACAACUCUCAGAAACAAUCUAAAGUUCCAAAUCAAGAGAUUACCACUGACAUUGUCCUUACGGCGAGACAGAAAUGUUUGACAUGUUCGUACAUUUCACAUCCAUGGUUCUGUGACAAUUAUACUCACUGUGAAGACGGAGAGAUUUGCCACAUCCGGAAAAUGAUUACACACAACGGCCAUAUCCAGUAUACUUCUGGUUGUGUAAGUGACAAAAGCUGUUCAGUAGACGGGUCAUUUCAUGGAUCAUUCGGCACGCCCUACGGUCAUGUCGCGUGCGUUGAGUGUUGUCAUGGUGAUUUCUGUAACAACAAAGGGUGUGGAGAUCCAGGACCACCGUCACGUGCUACCCGUGGGCCAUUAUGUUUCCAGUGUGAGAAAAUGACGUCACCAAGCGAUUGUCGGACUCUCGCGUCAUGCAGCUCGGACCAGGUUUGCAGCAUUACAGAAUCAUUAACAGACAGUGGCUCGAUCUUCACGACUGCGUGUGCCGCAAAAAAUAGAACCAAUCCUUUGAAGCAGGUCACUGGCCUACAGAUAAACUUUAAACCGAAGAAAAAUAUUAAACAACAACUCUCAAAGCUGGAAAGUGUAUAA